GGAUGCGAAGGGAGCUGGGAGGGGGUGACGUGGCAGUGACGGGAUCAUAAACUGAAAUGAAUGGCGGAAAUACUAGCCAAUCGGCGACCAAACUGGCCGGGCACUCUGCAUUCUCGAGUCUUCCCUGAGCGCGGGGACCUUCGGGAAAGUACCAAUGGGCUUGUACGUGAGUCUGAUUGGCCUUCAUCUGAACCAAUCGACGGCAUGGCUGGCAGACGCGUCCCACCCCGGACUCUCACUGGGCGGUGUGGAAUGACAGGCCCGAGAGAAAUGCCAAUGUCCUAGGGGUCUCCUGCAAGUGACACUCCACGGCGCCAAUUGACUCCUUUCUUCCUGGCCGCCGAGCCCUCCUCCCCGCGGCGGGCCUGGCGGGGCGGGGACGCUGCGCGGCCGCGGCUGAUGCGCUAGCCGUGUGGGGCUCUCCAGGCGGCGACGGCGGCCCUCGUAGGCGGUUUCGGUCCUGUAUCUCGGGGCGGCGGCGACUCAUGGCGGCGACGGAGCUGAGAGGAGUGGUGGGGCCGGGCCCGGCAGCCAUUGGAGCUCCGGGCGGCGGCGGCACCGGUCCCCCAGUGGGGGGAGGCGGCGGUGGCGGCCGCGGAGACUCGGGGCCAGGCUCUGGGGGCGCGCCCGGCACGGUGGCCGCGGUGGCUGCGGGCGGCCCGGGCCCCGGGGCCGGAGGAGUGGCGGCUGCGGGCCAGGCCCCUGCGCCGCCGGCGGGGGGCUCGGGCGCCGGGGGUUCGGGCUCGGCUCGAGAGGGCUGGCUCUUCAAAUGGACCAAUUACAUCAAAGGCUACCAGCGGCGGUGGUUCGUGCUGAGCAACGGGCUCCUGAGCUACUACAGGUCAAAGGCAGAAAUGAGACACACCUGCCGUGGUACCAUCAACCUCGCCACAGCUAACAUCACCGUGGAGGACUCCUGCAACUUCAUCAUUUCCAAUGGAGGUGCUCAGACCUACCAUCUGAAGGCGAGCUCAGAAGUGGAGCGGCAGCGCUGGGUGACGGCCCUGGAGCUGGCCAAGGCCAAGGCUGUGAAGAUGCUGGCAGAAUCGGAUGAGUCAGGAGAUGAAGAAUCUGUCUCACAAACUGACAAGACUGAGCUGCAGAAUACCCUCCGGACCCUUUCCAGCAAAGUGGAGGACCUGAGCACGUGCAACGACCUGAUAGCCAAGCACGGCACAGCGCUGCAGCGCUCCCUCAGUGAGCUGGAGUCCCUGAGGUUGCCUGCUGAGAGCAACGAGAAGAUCAAACAGGUCAACGAACGGGCCACGCUCUUUCGGAUAACAUCCAAUGCCAUGAUCAAUGCCUGCAGAGAUUUCCUCAUGUUAGCCCAGACCCAUAGUAAAAAGUGGCAGAAGUCUCUACAGUAUGAAAGAGACCAGCGCAUCCGACUGGAAGAGACCCUUGAGCAGCUGGCGAAGCAGCAUAAUCACCUGGAGAGAGCCUUCCGAGGGGCCACGGUGCUGCCGGCAAACACUCCUGGCAGUGCUGGUUCUGGUAAAGAUCAGUGCUGCUCUGGCAAAGGAGACAUGAGUGAUGAGGAUGAUGAGAAUGAAUUUUUUGAUGCUCCUGAGAUCAUCACCAUGCCUGAAAAUUUGGGCCAUAAACGUACUGGCAGCAACAUCAGUGGAGCCAGCAGUGACAUCAGCCUUGAUGAACAGUACAAGCAUCAGCUGGAAGAGACCAAGAAGGAAAAGAGAACUAGAAUACCAUACAAGCCAAACUAUAGCCUCAAUUUAUGGAGCAUCAUGAAGAACUGCAUUGGAAAAGAACUCUCUAAGAUCCCCAUGCCGGUGAGGUUCUUGCAUGCCCAGGCUGCUGCCAGGGGACCCUCUCAGGCCUCAGUGGGACCAGUGCUGCCAUCUGGUGAAAUUGACAUUGUGAAUCACAAGACAGGAGACAAGUGCAAUCUUAAAUUUGUUCCUUAUAGCUACUUCUCUCGGGAUGUAGCAAGAAAGGUGACAGGGGAAGUGACAGAUCCAUCAGGAAGAGUUCACUUUGCCCUUCUGGGGACGUGGGAUGAGAAAAUGGAUUGUUUCAAAGUACAUCCAGUCAUUGGGGAGAAUGGGGGUGAUGCUCGACAGAGAGGCCAUGAAGCAGAGGAAAGCAGGGUCAUGCUGUGGAAAAGGGAAUCCCUUUACCGAGAUUGCAGAAACAUGUACUACUUUUCAGAGCUUGCUCUAACUCUCAAUGCCUGGGAAGCUGGCACUGCCCCUACAGACAGCCGAUUACGGCCCGACCAGAGACUGAUGGAAAACGGGCGCUGGGAUGAAGCAAAUGCUGAGAAGCAGCGCCUGGAGGAAAAACAAAGACUUUCCAGAAAGAAGAGAGAAGCAGAAGCUAUGAAAGCCACAGAGGAUGGCACACCCUAUGAUCCCUACAAGGCACUGUGGUUUGAGCGGAAGAAGGACCCUGUUACCAAGGAGUUAACCCAUAUUUAUCGGGGAGGAUAUUGGGAGUGUAAAGAAAAACAGGACUGGAGCACAUGCCCGGACAUUUUCUGAAGCAACAGUAACAAAAAAGAGGAGGAUCCACAGGAGAAGAGGACAGAGGAUGUGUGGAAAGCUGGCAGUUGUGGCUCUCUCACCGAGUGCUUUCCUCAGAUUUGUCUGUCUUAACCAAUCAUUUUUCCCCAAUCAAUCACCAGAAGCAGACACCAGUGGUGGUGAUUGGCUGGUUGCCUUAGCUGAUUGAAACUGAAGUCGACAUACUAGAUACCUGUGUCUGUAAGGGAGAAGUUUAGUGGCUGAACGUUAGUGUUAUUCCACUUUCGCAAAGUCCAGUAUUCUUGACUCUUCCUUCUCCCUCUGCCCCCAUUUAAGAUGGUGUCAUUCACCCUCCCCUUGUAGUAUCCUGCUCAGCCAAGAUCUACAUUGAGAUUAUGAUUCAGGGGCAUUUUGGUGCUGUUCAGAGCAAGAGCUGAUUUUAGAAAUUCCUUUAAAAAGAAACAUAUAAGACUUACCAACGGAGGCAUCGUGAAUGAUUGUGGUGACAUGGCAUGGCAUUAUGAAAUGUGUUCACCAAUGGGGUCAGUUUACAGGGCGUCCAUGCGUAGAUAAUUGUGGUAUUGGGACACUUGCGAGAGGAAUUGUUCUGUAAGGUUGGAAUUUUCAGCAUUACAUUCUUGGAAGGUUCUGUCUUCACUUGCAUAACACACCCUUCUGCUCUUCUCCAUCCUCUUUGAUAGCAAGUGGAGGCCACUUCUGUCGUUGGUAGGAGGGUUGAAUUAAUCCUCACAAAGGGGUUUUACGGACUUCCUCAGGUGGAGAACUUCUGAGAACACGAGGCAGGAUGGAAAAAGAGUGCUAGCCACUUUCGCUUUCCCAGUUCCUCCUCCCCGCAUCCUUCAUUCCCUUUCUAGCUUCUCUUCUCUCUCGGCACAAUACCAGUUUGCGUCUGUGCCCCAGUAUGGAGCAAAACAUUACCUAUCCCAUUCUGAUUCAGAAUUUGAGAGAAGAAGUUAGUCUGGAAUAAAAGUUUUCACCAUCUCUCAAGCCCCAUGGACUGGAGCCACCUCUGGAAUAAUGUGUUACAUAUCUGUAUAUUAUAUAUAUGUAGAGAAAAAUCUAAUUUUUUUGUUUAAUUUUCCUUCUUCCCAUUAAGAAUCUUGUUUUUUGAUAUCACUUGUCUCCCUGGAACUCUCUUGGACACAUUGAUGUGGAUUGGAGCCUGCUCUGCUUUCCAUCUGUGAGGGGCAGACAGACUCAAAACCUGAGCAGGAUCGUGUCUGGCACUCACCGAACAGGGCCUGUAUCCAUGGUUUGUAUCAUGGGGUGCCCACUGCCGUCUCAACUCUGCUCUCCUAAUUACCUGACUCUUGAAAAUGGAAUCUUAACCUCUUUCCUGCCUUUUUUCCUUCUUUUGUUAGGAAGAAUAUGGGUAGAAAGUCAGGAGGGUAAUUUCCAGUUUAAUUCUGCCUCUGUCCCGGUCACAGCACACACAGCCGAUUCCCAAAAGAACCUUCUUCCCAGGAGAUGGGGCUCCAAGCACCAUCAUGUGGGCAGGGAAAGAGGAUGGCUUUGGCGGGGCCCUGGCUUCCUUCCUUCUGUGUUCUGUACUCGUUUUAGCUGUCUUGUUCAGAACUCUGACCCCCUGUGCAACCCACCCUUGGUUGAGGAUCACAAAUUGAGGUGCCUUCCUUGUAUGCUUUCUGUUAGCGUUUUCUGUUUCUGUUCCUUAACUGCUGAGCCUCAGCCAGUGUGGGUCGUGAGGGGAAAUAGCAUUCCAGAGGAAGCCAGCCCUCCGGGACAGCUGGGUUAUCCUGGGUAAAUUAGUACUCUCAUUCCUUCCCCGCCAUCCCUCCCUUCCUGGCUGGGAUGAACUUGAGAGAGAGGGAACUGCUGGGGAACUUCCUCCUAAGGACCCGAUUCCCUACAUAAGCAAGGGUGACAUAAGCAAGGCUUACGCUGGGGCGGCUUUCAAGGAGGUCGGUAAAAGCACUGACCUAGUCAGGGGCUCCAGACAGAGUGGGGAUUCCCAAACUAAGCUGAACUGCCUUGCUUUAUCCCCCUUUUCUUCCUCUACCAUCUGCACUACAUUCCGGCCUGAUCCCCAGUCAGAUUCCUGCAAAUGGAAGAAGCUUUGAGUCCUUCAGGUGAAAUAAAGUCACAUGAAAACAAAACAAAACUA